GAAGAGGCUGAAUCACAGGAACACAGGCUUGAAGUGUUUGAGAGGCUUUGAGCUUAAUGUGCGCUUUUCAGGAGAACAGACGAUAAGGGGACUACAGCUCCACCUUCCUAUUCACAGGAGGAUUUUUUUUUUGGAUAUUGCUCCUUGAGGUCAACACUUGUCUGUCAUUAACCUCUGAUUACACAGCUGCUCUUUGGUGCUUUUCUGAGGAAAUGAUGGUAAGAUUUCUCAUCAGGAAUGCUUUUUAAUGCCUGUGUUACUGAGUAAGAGUUAUUUUAAAUACUCAUUUACUAUACUCAUCAAUACUCAAUUUUAUUACUUCUGAUGGAUGUGUGCACUUGCAAAUGCAAUUUGAAUAUUAGCAACUUAUUUUCUGCGAUUCCCAAAAUUGUUUUUAAUUAACUUAAUAUGCAGCUUGCAUGAUGGGAAAUUUUAAAACCUUGAAGAUAAUUUAGUGCAUAUGUACAGUAAGAAUUUCAAGUUGGAAGAACAUUUCUUCCUGAGUGAUUUAUAUAUAAACACAUUUUUUACAAUAGCUUCAAAAUAUUGGAUUGAAGUCACUGAUGAUGCAAAAUGCAAAGAGAAAAAUGCAUCGCAUGAGACAGAAAUUUCUGAGAAGAAUGUGACUUUCCUGACAAAAAUAUCUAAUAAUUGAAAUUGCUCCCACUUCAGUCUCUUGAAUCGCUCAUGAAUUGCACGUGCAGAUACAAACACACACAUGCACACACUCUUUUUUCUGUUGAAUUGUGAUUCCUUUUUUUCUGUUCGUGUCAGUCACCUUUUUUUUUUUGCAUCAUUUUGAAAAAAGACUCAGUGCCCAGUUGGAAGCUGCAUGAAAGUAAAUCCUUGAGGACAUCAUGUGUUUUCAUUAGAGUGACUUGAUAAAUCAUUUUCAUAGUGAUCACCAUGUUUGUUCUUCUGCUGAUGAAACUGUUAUGAUGUAAAAUGUAAGAUCAAAUAUACAGCUAUUAUUUUGUCCGUUUUAUUAUUUUGGAUUAGAAGCACCUUUUUACUGAAAGAAACUAAAUAUUAUUAUUGUAGACUUUGAAAACUCUUACAACCAAGACAGAAAUAAGUUAGAAGCAUGCAUAAAAGUGAAAAUAAAACUUCCAGGUGGAUUUUUGUAGAUGUUUACUGCUGAGUUAGUGAAGUACAGUAGGAGUGGGACUCACCAACAAGCUGAAGAGAGUGAGAGACAGGAAACCUGGAAACACAUAGACACUAAUAAAUAAUGUAGAGACAUGCACACAUGCCAUAUAUCAUACUAAGUCCUUUUUUCAGUUUGACAACUCUUGUGAUUACAUCAAGUUACUUUGUUAUUGUUUGGGCAUGUAGAGCAGAAACAGGCAGAAAACUCAGACAGAACCAGAUUUGUGUUUAACAGCCAUCUGCUGAGACUGUGCUGGGUGAAGAAAGUGAGAGAGGGCGAUAAGAGAUGCAACGAGAGAAAGAAAGAAAAAAGAUUGAUGGAUAGAGAGUGUGGACCAUGAUGAGAAGAGGAUGUGUGAUAUUCACAGAAACAGUUUUGUGUGUGAAUCGACUAAUCAGCCUAAUAUUGAAAUAAAAUCUGUAACAACUGACCAUAAUAUGAAGAGGUCUGAUAAUGUUGGUUAUAGGUCCACGUCAACAGGCUCUCUGCAGUAAUGAUCUACAGGAAACAUACGAGACAAAGGAGCUUUAAAGCGCUGAGGAAGAUCUUGAUAACUUUAAUGAAGAAUUAAAGUUGGUAACAUGCAAUAAUAUGAUAUGAAUGAUGGCGCAAGAGAGAAAGUGAACGAGAGAGAGCGAGAGAGGUUAGAGAGACAGCCAUUGGCAGCAACAACAAAGUCCCCUGUAGAGACAGGGUUUAUAGCUCUUUGAAGGGAGCCGGAUCCUAAGGAGCCGUUCCUGUCAGAGAGCCGUUCAAAAGACUGGCUCAUUAUUAUAUUUAUUUAAUUUAGGGGAAACUCGUUUUGGUCAUAGAAACAAUCACUGGUAGCGGUUAUAAAAAACGAUACAGAUCAGAAUAAUUUCAAUUUACACACCCCACCAAUACAUACUCUUUUGGUGGUGAUUAUUAUGAAAUAUUGAUUAUAAUUUCAUUUGGCUUGUGUUUUCAUUGUAAACACUAUAAGGUUGGUACAACAUCCCCAUGCUUUGACAGUGAGAUCGCAUAUUUUGAAUUUUUCCCUCUGCUUGAAAAACUGUGUGGCACAAUAAAGACAAUGCAGGCUACAGAUAACUUUCAUGCAAAACAACUUUACUAUAAACUUUACUUAAAAAAAAAAAUAAAGAUAAUAAUUAAAAUAUAAUCUAUCUAUCUAUCUAUCUAUCUAUAAAUAUAGAUAUAGAUAUAAAUAUAAAUAUAGGUAUGUAAAUAAAUAUGUCUAUCAAAAAAAUAUUUUAAUGAAACUAGAAUAAAAAUUCAGACACAAUGAAAAUAUGAAUGCAUGAUUGUUCAACCCCACCUGGUGUUUGGGACACACAGGUGACACAUAAACGCAGUGUGGGCAAUUUGCAUAUACGAACAUCUCGCAAACGAAUGGCUCGCAACUGUGAACCGAUUUCCAUCGUUCACUUAAAAGAGCCGUUUAAACGACUGACUCGUUCGCAAACGUCUCAUCUCUAGCCCCCUGGCAGCAGAGCUUGAGUCUGCUCCAAGCUUUAGCUAGCCCCCCAGAUGAUCUACAACCCAUAGUACUUUUGAAGACUUCAGGUACCAUUAGAGAGCAGUUGUAGGAGUGUAAUAUUUUACAGGAGUUACAGGAGAAAUGCUGGUGCUUGAACAUUGAGAGCGUAGUAGAACAGGUGAGGAAUUUCACAUUUUAUUUGAGGUUUUGUGGGCGGCCAGUGUGAGGAAUCUUAUUUAGAGAAUUAUGAGCGUCUCUCCAGUUUUUAAAUCAGUAGAGGAGCUGUUUGAGGAUUGCAAUGACACAAAUGCAUGUGAUAGAUUCCUGCAUAAUUUCGGGACAGGAUGAGUCUGACUUUUGUGAUGUUGUCAAGGCCGUCCUUGAAAUUUGUUACAUGUGGGGAAUUGAAGGAAAGAUCAUGUUCAAACAGAAGCACUUGGUUCUGUCAUAUUCUGCAGUAGAAUAUGACAAUAUGAGUCAUGCAAAUGAAGCGUUGUGAGAAAACACUUUGCAGACAGAACGACAGGACUAGAGGAUUUUGUCUCUCAGCUCAUGUAUUCUGGCAGUCGGCCUCAGGUUGCUUUCCAUUAUUACUGCCCAUCAUCCCUCUGUGCACAGUGUGAUCUGGCCCAAAAACUCUGGCCUGGCCUUGGCCCCCCCGUGGUCUUCCCAUAUAUGCCAGACCUGUCACUUAGUCACAGCCCUGUCAAAGAAUAUUCACAGCAUGUAUGACCAACAUCCAAAACUGAUCCACAACAAUCUAUUUUGAGAACAAUACCUCCAGAGGACAGAGUGGAGACAUCUUUAUUUACUCCCAGGCCACAGUGACGGUAACUUUGGUGGAGAAGGGUGAAGUGUCUGAACUGACAGGUUGAUUUCAGUGGAGUCUAGUCUAGUCUAGUGUAGUCUAGUCUAGUCUUAAGAGGAUAAAUCUUUAGCUCUCUUUCUUAUUUACAUACAUAAAUGUACCUUAAUAAGCUUGUAGAAUAAUAUUAUCACACGGUGAAGAAUCCAAUUUAAUGGUCAACAAUGGGAACAAAACAGCACAACCCUAAUGGAGAUCAUCAAUGUCUGGCAUCAUUGGACAAGCUUUUUUUAUGUGUAGAAGAAAAUAGAUCAACAGGCACGGACAUAUAUGCAUAAAGUAUAAGUCCAGGCAAUUAAUAAUUGUUACCGAAUUUCUCUUUGGGGGUUAGUAAAGUUCUUCUUCUCUUAUUCUAUCUUAUCUUAAGAUGCUCUGACAUUGUGAGCACUCCUUCACUUGAAUUGACUCCAGCUCUUACUCCUCCAUCUCCUCCUUAACACUCUUUCUAAUAAAAUACACAUUUCUAAAACUGAAGACUGUUCCCACUGAUAACCAUGAAUUUGAUUAUUAGACUAAUUCAAGCUAGAGGGCAAUCGUUUAGGUCCAUUCUACAUUCUACAUUCUGAUUUAGGCUUUUGAAACAGUUUCUUCCCUGAUAUUUUGUGACUUUACAAGCUAAAGUUAGAUCAACAAACAGACAGACGGAUUAAUUCAUGUUGGCACUGGCACUCACAAGAGUUUUCUCUCAGUGAUUAUACGUUUCUCUAAUCCUAAAUGACAACAUGUUGAAUCUAAAAUCAUUACUGGCUAAUGUGUAACACUAAACAAAUUCUAAUGUGGUGUAUAGAAAAUUCAGCCUCUGCCAUAAUUAUCAGUCAUGUUUUGAAAUCUAUCUAUUAACAUAACUCUUAAGUCUCUACUUAACAUUCUUACCUCAAAAAUUUAUUUAAAAAAACCCAAAACUGGCUUAUAAGAAAACAGGUACAUUGUGUGAUAAUGUACAUUAUAUGUCAGCCAACCAUCUCUCAUCACAGGCACUGACAUCAGCUGUUCAAAAAUUGAUAUCCUUCACUGUAAAAAUCUUUGAACCACAUCUCUUUGACACUUUUGUGUCUGUCCAUCUGAGCACUGUGAUUGCUGUCAGCUGCUUGUCUCACUGUACCUGAGGACUUGCCUCAGGGUAAUCUUCUGCCUGUCACCAUCCCUCAAGAUAGAUGCUCAAAACCCCUGAAUGAGGCUGAUCCUCCAUCUUUCAAAAAAAAACAAAAACGUUUUUGUGUUAUAUUUAAGGAAAUGUACUUCAAGACUUAAAAACAAUCAACUUAACCCAUUUAUAUUUCGAUAAGAUAAAUUUAUUUCAUCAGUUAGAAAAGUUGAAUGUGUAAAUUUAUGCUUUAAAUGUCAUUAUUCAUUUAAAAAUGAGAAAUGAUUCAUGUGGUCAAUGAAGAUUCACAGAUCAUAUAACACACUUAAGGAAUGAUUCAACAUACUCAGUGAAUUUCACCUUUUUCUCCCACAUAUCUUGCACUAUAACUGUGCUGGAGUUCACAGAUAAAUUGCUGUUUACAUCAAUGGAAUACUGCAACUUGCAUCCACCAUCUGCACUUCAUUUACAAAGUGCAGAUGUAAAUGUGUACAUAAAUAAAACACUCUUUCUUUUACUGUAUUAUACUUUUGUAGUAUAUUUUCUUUAUUUUUGCGCCGUGGGCUGGAGAGAAACGUCCUUUUUGAUUCCUGUGCGUGCACUCAGAUAUGGCAGACAUCAUCAACAAAAAAAGCUUAAAUCUUGAAUUGACUCUUAAUCAUUCAGGUUUUAUCUGAAUUCAUUCAUAAAGUUAUGAAACACUCUUGUUGGAAGUGGCCUUGAUCAUUUUGAGAGGAGACAUUUUAUAAUAGCUGCUGUGGAUGAGUAAUAUGGUGAUAGGUGUACACUGACUCAUUUGUUGAAGACAGAUUUUCUCUCUACCUUUCACACGGAGAACAAUAUACAACCAAAAAGCAACCACUUCUUCAUUUCUUUAAAUAUCUAAAUCUUAAGUGUGUGCAUGAUAUCGCUGACAUGAUUACUGCAUGGUUAUGGCUCAGUCAUAAAAGAAGCCUUUUUGGAUGUUCUACAUCUGAGACUAUUAUAUGUUGACAGUGCUAUUUAUGCAGUAUACACCCUCCCAGGUCUAAAUUAGUCCACUAACAUUAAGAGUGGAGAAGAGUUAGAUGUCCUCAGGGUCUGACUGACCCCACACAUAAACAGCCCAAUGUCAUCUUUACAAAAAUUUCAAGUCUACAAUGUGGCAAAGGGAAGGAUUUCAGAUCAUUAAUACAUUCGAGAAUAAACAACUAAAGAGCUUUUACUUUUCACUUUUCUUCAAGCACGUUUGAAAGCAUGUUUUUAUAAUAUACACCGCCCAGAGAUGUCAACACUUUGGAUAACAAAGGUUGAUAAUUUCACAGCACAUCCACUCAAUGCUAGAUUGAUUACCAUCUAAUGAGAGGCCCACUGUUGCGAGGCAGGUUCGUGGUGAGGACCCAGAUGCAGACACAGAGACUGAGAUCAACUUAAAGAGACUUUUAAUGUCCAAAAAAAGGGGAGAUAGUGCAAACAGAGGAAGUCCGAAGGGCUGGUUGGCUGGCUGUCGUGUGGGCUGGAGACACUGCAGGAAAAAACCAGAGGAGACAGGAGUUAAUGAACAUGAAAAUAGUCACUGGGAGCAAAGUUCUGAAGAUUAUACCACGAGGAAGGCCAGGAGACACGUCUGUACCGCUAGGAAGGGUAGACAAUACUCAGGCCCUGAGGCUGAGGGCUGCAGGCUUCUUAAAGUGCCUUGAUUGGAGAUGUGGAGCAGGUGUGUAGUCUCACUCAGCCUCAGCGCCGGGGGAGGGGAGGAAGCUCUGGAAAAGAGUGAAGCCAGACCAGGCAAACAAGGAAACGCAGGAAGUCCAGCCAAAAUAAAACAAGAUGGAGGCGUCUCACCACAGUACCCCCCCCUUAACGAACGCCUCUUGGCGUUCUGCCGGGCUUAUUGGGGUGAGCGACGUAGAAGUCCUCAAGGAAUUGGUGGUCCAGGAUGAGGGAGCGGGAGAUCCAGGAAUGCUCCUCUGGACCGUACCCCUCCCAGUCCACGAGACAUUGGAAGCCUCGCCCCCGAAGCCGCACGUCCAGGAUUUUCCAUACAGUGAGGGCAGGGAGGUCGUCAAUCAACCGGGUGGGUGGAGGGGCGACGGAAGGAGGGCUCAGGGUGCACGAGGCAACAGGUCUUAACAAGGAGACAUGGAAGAUGGUGUUGAUCUCCCAAGAGGUGGAGCCGACGACACAGGAGGCAGGGAGGAUGGGGUCCGGGGUAACCAAGGAGUGGGUCCGAGAGAGGGUGUCUGGUUUGAGGUCGCGGGAGCCGGGACGACAGGAGACGGUGAAGGUGAAUCUAUGAAGGAAAAGGGACCAGCGGGCUUGCCUGGAGUUGAGGCGACGACCAGAGCGGAGGUAUUGCAGGUUUCUGUUGUUGGUCCAAAUGAGGAAUGGUUGUUGUUCUCCUUCCAGCCAGUGUCUCCAUCUUUGGAGUGCCCACACAACAGCCAGCAACUCAGAGUUUCCCACGUCGUGCUUUCGUUUGGUGGGUGAGAAUUUCCGGAAGUAGAAGGCGCAAGGAUGGAGCUUUGGCUGGUACGCAGGCUGCUGGGGCUUGGGCCGGUACGCAGGCUGCUGGGGCCGCGGUUUGGCCUGAAAACUGGGAGCCUGGGGCCGCUGCUUGGCCUGAACACUGGGAGCCUGGGGCCGCUGCUUGGCCUGAAAACUGGGAGCCUGGGGCCGCUGCUUGGCCUGAAAACUGGGAGCCUGGGGCCGCUGCUUGGCCUGAACACUGGGAGCCUGGGGCCGCUGCUUGGCCUGAACACUGGGAGCCUGGGGCCGCUGCUUGGCCUGAACACUGGGAGCCUGGGGCCGCAGCUUGGCCUGAACACUGGGAGCCUGGAGCUGGUACACGGGAAGCUGGGGCCUAGGCUCGGGCUGGUACACGGGAAGCUGGGGCCUAGGCUCGGGCUGGUACACGGGAAGCUGGGGCCUAGGCUCGGGCUGGUACACGGGAAGCUGGGGCCUAGGCUCGGGCUGGUACACGGGAAGCUGGGGCCUAGGCUCGGGCUGGUACACGGGAAGCUGGGGCCUAGGCUCGGGCUGGUACACGGGAAGCUGGGGCCUAGGCUCGGGCUGGUACACGGGAAGCUGGGGCCUAGGCUCGGGCUGGUACACGGGAAGCUGGGGCCUAGGCUCGGGCUGGUACACGGGAAGCUGGGGCCUAGGCUCGGGCUGGUACACGGGAAGCUGGGGCCUAGGCUCGGGCUGGUACACGGGAAGCUGGGGCCUAGGCUCGGGCUGGUACACGGGAAGCUGGGGCCUAGGCUCGGGCUGGUACACGGGAAGCUGGGGCCUAGGCUCGGGCUGGUACACGGGAAGCUGGGGCCUAGGCUCGGGCUGGUACACGGGAAGCUGGGGCCUAGGCUCGGGCUGGUACACGGGAAGCUGGGGCCUAGGCUCGGGCUGGUACACGGGAAGCUGGGGCCUAGGCUCGGGCUGGUACACGGGAAGCUGGGGCCUAGGCUCGGGCUGGUACACGGGAAGCUGGGGCCUUGGCCCGGGCUGGUACACGGGAAGCUGGGGCCUAGGCUCGGGCUGGUACACGGGAAGCUGGGGCCUAGGCUCGGGCUGGUACACGGGAAGCUGGGGCCCAGGCUCGGGCUGGUACACGGGAAGCUGGGGCCCAGGCUCGGGCUGGUACACGGGAAGCUGGGGCCUAGGCUUGGGUUGGUACACGGGAAGCUGGGGCCUAGGCUUGGGCUGGUACACGGGAAGCUGGGGCCUAGGCUUGGGUUGGUACACGGGAAGCUGGGGCUUAUGGUCAAAGACUAGUGCGCAGCGGAGCGGGAAACCUCUGCAGCCCCCACUCUCCACAGCAUAUGGCUCAGGAGGAGGGACAUAGGGCUCUUUGAGGAUAAAGGGUGGUGGAGGAGGUGAAGAGGGGACCGUACUCACAGAGGGGGGAGACCCAGAUUGCUGCGGGGGUAGCCGGGAGAGGAGUUGAUCCGCCAGUUGCGCUAUUUGAACGGUGAGGCCCUGACAGGCUUGGUUGAGGCCCUGGAGCAUGUCCUCACGCCGAUCGAGGCGAAGUUCGAGCUCUUGGAAGGCUUGAUGAACUCUGUCUGGGUCUGCUGGGUCCAUUUUCCUGGCCUGAGUAUUCUGUUGCGUGGCAGGUUCGUGGUGAGGACCCAGAUGCAGACACAGAGACUGAGAUCAACUUAAAGAGACUUUUAAUGUCCAAAAAAGGGGAGAUAGUGCAAACAGAGGAAGUCCGAAGGGCUGGUUGGCUGGCUGUCGUGUGGGCUGGAGACACUGCAGGAAAAAAAACAGAGGAGACAGGAGUUAAUGAACAUGAAAAUAGUCACUGGGAGCAAAGUUCUGAAGAUUAUACCACGAGGAAGGCCAGGAGACACGUCUGUACCGCUAGGAAGGGUAGACAAUACUCAGGCCCUGAGGCUGAGGGCUGCAGGCUUCUUAAAGUGCCUUGAUUGGAGAUGUGGAGCAGGUGUGUAGUCUCACUCAGCCUCAGCGCCGGGGGAGGGGAGGAAGCUCUGGAAAAGAGUGAAGCCAGACCAGGCAAACAAGGAAACGCAGGAAGUCCAGCCAAAAUAAAACAAGAUGGAGGCGUCUCACCACACCCACAGUAUGGAGCAGUAUAGAGUCAUGAUGAUAUCAAUCAGGCAGUCAUUAGCACAUGCCCUCACCCGAGCUAAUAAACCACCUGAACUAAAAACAAAAUCAGAGAUCAGUGCAGAGUAUUCAUCAACAGACAAUAAUCCAAUGAAAGCAGGCACGCUGUAUCCAUUAAAACCAGAGGGGUCCUCUAGGAAGAAUUACAGGAACUAUUGACUCGGUUUCCUGUGCACAAGACAACUUAAAACACCAAUAAAUAAAAAAAAUUCUUUAAAAUAUAGAAAAACAGAUAAUAGUUUAGCAUGUCCAGAGCGCAGACUGUAUAUAGAAUGGACAGUGUCUGCCUCCUCACUGGGUGAAGCCACAGAGAGAACAGCACCCUCUGGUGACGGGCUGCAGUAUAGGUUAUAAAUCCUGCCUCCUCCACUAAUUCCUAUGGGGUUGUGGACAAACUUUAGAAAUUAAUUACACAGAACAUAGAUUUUUCUUCCCCGGCUUGCGAUGUUGACAUGUAGUUACAGUAAGACUGGUUUGUGCUCAAGUUAUUAGGGGGUUCAUGUUUUCUAUGACUGACACUUGAUACAGCCUAUGGGUGUACGAAGAUUGCAUAGAUCACUCAGAAGAUACGCUAUUUGAGCAGAGCGUCAUCACAGUGGCUCUCCCGCCAAAUGCGUACAACACUAAUGUGCAAGUUGAGAAAAUCCCGGAAAUACAGAGAGGGCAAUUCAGCUUCAAAUUCAUAUAAUGACAGACGGUGGGGCCAAGUUGUCCGUAGUAUAAACAGUCUAUGGUCCAGAGCCCUAUUUGCUAAAAUAACAAGAUUUAUUUAAUUUUGCAUCCAAUCUAGUUUAUUGAGGUCUUGUAGAUCAUUUGAGUCCUGAUGACUAUACUAACAAAAGGCAAAACUGAAGGUAGAAGGUAGACGUCUUCAAUUUUGUCUUGUAGCAGUAAUAGAGUACAAGAAAUGUCUUAAAACUGAAAUUUUAACAACAUACCAGCCAGCAGUUUCUUGCUGCUCUGGUUCAACAUCACCAGUUAAAUAAUGCUGAAGUGUUUUUAUGAGCUUUGGCAGCUCAAGGUCCAGUGUGUGAGAGGUUCAGACAGGAGGCUGGUUUGAGGGGGGAUCUUCUGAGAAUGUAAACUAAAUUCUGUCUUCUAAGAAGUUCCCCGACGGUCUUUAAAAACAUUUUUACCAUCAACAUCCAAAAAACAGUGAGCGACACAAAAUACAGAUAAAUGUAUCACCAAAUGACUUUAAUGUAAUGUAGUGUAGUUCCACGAACUGAAUUGCAGCUGAACUGUAAAAACAGUGAAGGAGCUUGUAUUGUGUGAACUGAAGACCCAGAGCUGAGGGGAGAAUACCUUUAGAGGGAGACGGAUAGACAAUGGGAGGAAUGAUGAAAACCACAUCAAAGGAGUGAACAUGAAAGGCAGAGAAAUGGUUGAAAGCUCUGAGUGAACCAGUGUUUUGGACACAUGAAACAAUGACGUCAGGUGUCAUAAUGUUCCCUCCGAGUUGUAUGACUGCACAGAAGAUAUCUUUAAGAAUAUAAGAAUAAUAAUUAAGAACAGCAGUUUAACUUGAAAUGUGAAAAAGAUUGCAAAGGUCAGAGAUAAGUGAGUCAAAUCAAAAGAAAACUGGGUGAUAUUAUUCAUGUUUAUUCACAUACCCUUGCUUAAAUGGGUGUUUGCAGAGGACAAACAAAAUAUGGGAUCCAUUUCUAACACAGAUCAUAAAAGCUUAGACCAGUCCAUUACACCCUAAACCAAAGGAAGCAUAUCUGACAGGCAGGUUAAGAUUUAGGGUUUCUAGGGUUUUUAGUUUACUUUAUAUUUAUAUUAUAUUUAUAUUACUAUUAGACUUAAAUGACAUUGUUUUUCUCUAUGUGGUUGUAAGUACGUAAGAAGUAAGAGGACAACCAUAUAUAACAAAAUGAAAAAUCAUAAUUUAUCAUUUUCACAUUAAUUAAGUUAAAGCUCCUGUGUGGACAUUCCUGUUUGUUCUCAUUCUGCAAUUCUGCAAUCCUUAUUUUUCUUGUCCUCUGCAUGAUGAAGUAUUUUGCUAACUUUUGACUUUUAAAUGUUUCAUUCAUUGAGUAUUGUUUGUGGAAAUUGUGACAACAGGGCUGUUUCUUUGGCUGCGUGGCUGACACCUACCCUCUUGCACUAGUUUAAGGAAGUAGAAAUAACAUAAAAACCUGCAGUCUUUUGACUGUUGGUCUUUUUUGUUUUGUUUUGUUUUGUUUUUGUACAACAUGAAAAUGCACCAAUCUGAAUUCUUGUUUAUUUGAUAAAGUUAAAAAAAAAAAACUCACAGGAGCUUUAAGGUAAGAAGCUGAAGUAUCCAUAAAGAGUCAUUUAUGAAGGUUUUUGAGGUACAUCCAACUGGUAGAGGCUUAGAAAUGUCCUGAUCCCUCAGAAGGAGAAUCCUAGAGGGGGGAGUAACUUUGAAGUUUCUGUGGUUGAAUAAUUUAGUCAAGAGGAAAGACUUGAAGAAACCGUUCACCAAAAGUAGCAAAAGUAACACUAACGUAUAAAAAUCUGUUUUUGAAAAGAUUGGAUCACUGUUGUUACAGAUUAUUCCACUCACUUUGUCUAUUUUUUCUUAUCUUAGGAUGGUUUACCGUCUAAAGACAUGAUCUCCUCUGCAGCUUCAACACCUACUCACCUCAAAGGGUAAAGAAGAUCAUCCUGGGCCAUGGCUGCACUGCCCUACAACAUGAGUCUCCCUGGAAGCGCAGCGGUUCUGCUGCUGGCCUCAGAUGGUCCUUUUAAUCUGACCGCCAACGCUCAGGGAGGACUCGACUCAGGUCAUUCCCUGGCCCCUCUCUGCACCCUUUGCUGUUGUGGAUUUCUCAAUCGAACACUGGCAGUGGUGUUCAUGGUCAGCCUGGCGUUUGCCAUUGUGAUCGGAAAUGUGGUCACUCUUACUGUCUUUGUGCAAACGAGGCAAUCGCGAACGCCACAGGGAUACCUGAAAGGUAAAUGAUGUUAAACAUGUUAUUUUUGUUUGGAGCAGAAAAUAAAUAUUAUAGGGAAUAACUUUCUCUAACCGGAAAAGCGUAAAUCAGUGUUGAUAAGCUUCAGCCAUCCAUAGAACUAAUCCACAAAAGCAGAAAGCAAUGUAUUACAGUGCCACACCUAACUGCAGUGAUACUAAUACUGUACUUGCUAGAUAUGGAUGUCAGAUUUUCUUCUUCCUCAUGAAAUAGUGACAAAUUCUGCUGAAAAUUGCUCAACAAAGCAGCUCCUUUUUGCCUUUGUGAAAUCAUUACAGAAAAACUGGAGACAUACUGACAAGAAAACUGUCCUGAUACUCCUGUUUGUUUUGUCUCUCUGUGACAGUAUCUCUGGCCAUAGCGGAUAUGAUGGUUGGUGUCCUUGUGGUUCCCUUCUCGGUCUACACUGAGAUCUCUCUAAUGGUGACCAGCACUCCUCCAAUUUGGUACCAGGGUAGCUCUACUUCCCCAGCCACCUCCUCGUCUCUUGGAGGACUCGUCAGCCCCUGGCAGCCCUGCAUGCUGAUUGGCCCGGUGUUUGCUGGGUGUACCUUUGUCUCCAUUAGCACCAUCUUCCUCAUGACAGUGGAGCGAAGUGUUGCCAUCCUGCGGCCACUCCACAAGGACUCCCUGGUGACCCGCAGACGAACUCUGCUCCUCAUCCUGCUUUCCUGGACUGCUAGCUUCUUGCUGGCUUUGGCACCCCUCGUCUUUAGCGGUAGUUUCACGCUGGAGUACAAUGAAUGCAGCCGUAUGUGUAACUACACUCCGCUGUUGUUUGGGAACCAGCUGCCAUCCGACACCAACAUUAUGCUUUUGUUCCCAGCAUUUGAUUUCACACUGCUUAGUGGCACAUUAGUCGUCAACAUUAUAUCUUUCACUAACAUCAAACAGUACUCCCGAAAACGCAAACUGCUCUCGGAGGGAAGCCUGAGCGAUGGAGGGGGAGGAUGCCCCCACAGGCCUUCCUUUUCAGACAUCAAAGCUGCCAAGACGAUCAGCAUACUAACGUUCGCCUUCACAGCAUCCUUCACCCCCAUCGCGGUAUUCGUGCUGGGGAAUGUGGUGGGAUACACCUGGUGUAACUUUUCGUUUUUUGCCUUCUGGAUCCUGGCAGGAAAUAGUUGCUGUAACGUCAUCAUUUACAGCGUCAGGGACCACCGCUUCAGGAAGGGUGUGGCGCUGCUUUUUCAGCGGGACCACUCACCCCCACACAGUGAAAAAAACUGAGGGACACAUGCAACAUGCAUCUGUUUUUGUGACAGCAUUCAGGUAAACGUGAUAUUACAGGGAAGGUUUAACAUUGUGUGAUUUUGGAUGGAGCCAGAACAUGGUGAGCGUGA